ACCACGACGAACAACAACUCAACUUUCACCCCCCGAGACAGGAGAGAGAGAGAGAGAGAGAGAGAGAGAGAGGCAGGAGAGUAGGAGACAGAAGGAGAGUUAGCCGCCGAGCACGACGACUCCUCCCUCUCCUCUCCCCUUCCGGCUUCCACGCGUCGGGAACCGAAGUCCAAACCGAGAGAACAUCGACAUGGCGGCGGCGGUGGCGGCGCAGCUCCGCGGGCCCUCGGCGGCGGCGGCGAGGAGGUGGCCGGCCCCCUCCGGCGGCGUCCUCCGCUUCGCGCCGCUCGCUACGUCGACGGUCCCGGCGUCGAUCGCCCGGGGAUCGCUCCGCGGGGUUCCCGCUGGCGUCGUGCUGCCCAAGUUUAUGGCCUUGCAGCCAUUGAUAGCAAUGUGCAUGAAGGCGGAGUAUACCAGCAGUCCUGUUGAUCCUAAUGCUGUCGCGGAGCAUACAGAAGAUGAAAAUCAACAGCCAACCACUGUAUCGCCUACUAAUGCAGAAAUAGACAUAGACCAAGAGGCUGUUCCUCAACACAAGGGUGCAAUAAUACAUGACUUUUGCCUAGGGAUCCCUUUUGGUGGAAUUUUAUUUUCCAUGGGCCUUGUUGGAUUUCUGUUUUGGAGGAGUACCGUAAGUCUUACUUUCGGUGUUGCACCUGGCCUUGCAAUAUUGGCCCUUGGUGUGCUUAGCCUUAAGGUUUGGAGGAGUGGCAAGUCAAGCUUGCCAUUCAUACUGGCACAAGCAGCUGUUGCUGCUGCGGUAGCAUGGAAGCACUUCCAGGCGUACACCACAACAAAGAAACUGCUUCCCUGGGCUUUUUACACUGCACUCAGUGCCGCUAUGAUCUGCUUCUACUCAUAUGUGCUACUUGCUGGGGGGAAUCCACCACCAAAGAAGAAGGCAGCAGUUGCUCAAUAAGUCGUGUCCUUUCGUGUUAUCAUAGUUGUACUGAUAUAGGAAUGUGUUUGCUUUUUUUUCCCUUUCUUUUCCAUUGGUGAACAGCGAAAAGAAUAAGUUGUAUUCUACCUUAGCUCAUUUGGGUACAUAACGAGAAGACCUAAGAAAAUUUUUUUCUGCCUCAACAUGAACUAUUUUUUCCUGGACAGACGUAAACAAAAGUUCUCUCUGAAUUCUUACCACAAAAUUCCAUUGGCCACAUGGGCAUAUAUAGCUAUGUCCAUCCAAAAGUGUGUUUUCUCGUA